AUGAGAGAUUCCAACCAUCGAUCAUUGACGUCAAAUAAACCUAUAGUAACGAUAACCUCCACCGUUUAUGACCGAAGGGCAUUAGAUAUCAACUCUAGCAUCCCGCUAAUAAAUUCACUGAACUAUUUAACGUAUCUGACAUCGAAUUCAUCAAAAGUCAGAGAAACAGUGGCCAGUGACGGUGCCCUAGAAAGAUUGGUCUCAAUAUUGAGGAAUUGCCAUUUGAGUUUGUUUGAGCUAUUGGAUUGGGACUUAGAAACUUUCAAUGAACACGAAAACAUUAAGACUUUAUGGAAGGAGAAAAGACUAGCCCUAUGUGCAUGGAAAUGGACUCUAACUUUCCAGUGCCUGGUAUUAACAGGCACCAGAGGAACAGAACAAAUUCGAAAAAAAGUAGUGAUGUCUGGCGUCUUAUCUGUGCUGGUCACAGUAUUGGAUAACUAUUUAUUAUAUCAUAAAAAUUAUGAUUUCAUCAAAGACCAAACCAUGAACUUUGAUUUAAAAGGAAUUACCACAGAAACAAUGUAUAAAUUUCUGAGGAAGGAUGAAAACGAAACGUAUCAACAAUAUAUAGAGUUCAUCACAGGUCAGGAUAAAUUAAAAUUAUCAAAUGAUAAGAAUUUUUUUAACGAACGAUUAGUGGCGCCAUCCAUGACAAUUCCGACUGAUUUCAGCGAUAUAUGGGUCCGUUUCGCAGGUCUCGCUAGCAGUUUUGACGGCCGCAGCAAAGGAAAUGAUGAUGGUAAUGACACUAAUAGCAAUACAGAUAAUACAAAUUUUGAUGAAUGCAAAGAUUUUUUUUCUCAACCUGACGUUAAUAAACCUACAAUCUCCACGCCACGUGAAUUCUUUCUGGGAAGAAUUGUCCCCAAACAAGACGACGUUAUUUGGUCACUUCAAUUAUUAGCUUUUGUCUCUAAAUAUACAUAUAUGAAGUCAACCCUACAAAAUGUCGAGUUGGUUGAAUCGUUAUCAUUUAGAAGUAUGGCAUCCAAGGUUAAACAGAGAAUUUCUGAGGACAAUGACAUAGAAGAACAAGAAAGAAAUGUUACUGUAAAAUUUUCUUCAUUAUACCCCUAUCUACCAAAGGGCCAGGAAACUCCUUCUUCUAGAAAAAAGGAGCUGGAUGUUAGUAAGAGGGAUCCGUUUUUCAAAGAGUUGGAAAAUAUUUCAAAUAGAUGUCGGCAAAAGGAAGAGGAGCAAAAGUCCAAUAAACGCUGUCCCGUUCUCAAUUUGUUUGAGCGCUAUCGUGUACCGAAAUCCAGCGGAAAUGGUGCUAAUAAUAAGGAGAAAGGAAGAAUCACUUUAAAAAAAAAGCUAUCUGAGAAUUUUGAAAGAAAUUGGAACUAUGAGAAAAUGAAAAAGGAACUACCAAAUAGUAUUUGCAGCCACAAAGGGUCACCAAACAUUGUAAACAUCUUCCCUUUAGUAGAAAAAUAUACUGUGAAUACAGAAAAUACACAUGACAUAAUUUAUUGGAGUUCCGUUAUCAUGAGGAAUUCAUGCCGAAAAAGUGAAAUCUUAGGUGUACGCCAGUGUGCUAAUUUCUCAUGCGGUAAAUGGGAAGACUUUCCGAGGCAAUUUGCAAAAUGUCGCCGUUGCAAAAGGACGAAGUAUUGUUCGAGAAAGUGCCAAUUAAAAGCGUGGGGAUAUCAUAGGUAUUGGUGCCAUGAAGUUGGCUCAAGUCAUAUGAGAUCUACGAACACUACUACAGGCGUUAAUACUCCGAAUGAACCGAGUUCCUUAAACACGACUGCCACUACUGCGGCGGACGUAUCAAAUUCCACAAGCACUUUCACUCCCAAUAUAUCCACUACCGUACCUGAUGAAAUAACUAACACAGAUGAUAACAGCAUACCUGAGUAG